CACGGCCCGACCCGACCAGAACCCCCCACCCCCCGCUGGGCCCGGCCCAGAUAAAGGAAGCAGCGCCAGCAGGAAGCUCAGAGGCAUUUCUGCACCGAAACACUGAAUCCGUCUGAUUCAGGCUCAGGAUUUAACACAACAGAGAGACGAUAAACAAUCAGAGAUGGGGCUGCUGAACGUCGCUCUCCUCGUUGUCGUUCUCCUCGCGGCGACGGUGGAAGCUAAACCAAUUCGCCACAGACACGACGCCGACAUCCCCGACAAGAACCAGCCGCAGCGGUACCUGGCGGAGCUUUCCGAAGGGUCCGAGGAAUCCUCCGAGGAGUCCUCCGAGGAAGAGACUGAGGAAGAGGAAGAGGAGGAAGAAGACGAAGAAGACGAAGUUGUGGACGUGACGGACGCCGUCACCAUCCCGCCCUUGGUGGUCGUGACCACGGAUUCGCAGACGUUCACCUCGGGAGACGGCAGCACGCUGGCGCCGGAGCCGGAACCGGACACGGCCAACACGGCCGGCCCGGUGAUCAUGGUCCGGGAGACGACGCCGGGGCCGGAGGCGACCGCCGUGACCGCUGCGGUCACCACCGCGGACGUGGUUCUGACGUCACUAAGAGCUACGGAAAUGAGGGGAGAUAUCUGAAACUGCGUUACGUUUAGGUCAGGGGAGUUCACAGUGUGGAGCGGGGGCCAUUUGUGGCCCCGGCAAUGAAUGAGCGUGGCCCCUGAUUUUAUUUCAAGAUUGAUACAAGUUUCUAUUGUAUUUUUAUUUAGGACAAAAUAAAAUAUUCUGACUACGACAGAGUGUUGGGACCACAAUAAUAAUAAUCAUAAUAAUAAAAAGAAAAUAAAGACAUAUAAAGCCGUACAAGAUUAAAGUUGUAGUUUUAGGAGAAUAAAGUCAUAGUAUUUUAAAUUUAUUUUUAUUAUUUUUACUUGAUUUUUGAAAUAUUAUGACUUCAUUCAUAAUUUUAUAAUUUUGUUCUCAUAGUUAAAUUUUAAUUUUUUUUCUUAGUAUGGCUGUAAAUCUCUGACUUAUCUUGCAACAUAUUGGCUAAGACACAAAUGUUUGUGGUUAAAUAACCACACCUUUUGCAUUUUGACUUUUACCCAAAUCUAUUUUAUUAAUUUAAUAAACUUUGCUAAAUAAAGUGACUUAAAUCCUAAUUUUUAUUAAACUGUGUUCUAUUUUUCUUUUUCUUGACACAUAUAAAAUGAACAAAAUUGCUUUUAUUAAGGCAAACCUACAGAACGCUUUUUAAGUUUAGCAUGAAAACCAACAACAAAUCUGUUUAAAGUUUUGCAUGUUUACUUUAUUUUAGUAGGUAAAAUGUGAUUUCUCCCAAUAAAAUAAUGCAAGUUAUUGAAAACGAAUAGCAUUUUAUGUCCCAACCUUUCCUGCCACUGAAUAUUUUCUUUAUGUGGAAUAAAAAGAAUUUUUUUACACACAUAUAAUGUUUACAUGCGUAACUGAUCCUCUUUUUAAUGUACUGUCCUUUAGACUUGCGGUGUUUCUCCGUCAAGCAACAUUUUAAAAAUUGUUUUAUUAAUUACUUUUAUGUAAAACAACAAACAAAUCUGUGUGUUUGCAUGUCAGUCUUUGUCGGAUUGCAAUUUUUAACCCUGUUGGAAGUGAAUAAAGGUUUCUGUUAAAGAUU